AUGCCUGUCCACAGACGGCGCAAGAACAACCUCGUCUGGCCGGAGAUGAAACAAACUGAGGAGUUUCUGGCGGCAGAAUGCAACAAAGUCACCAUGGAAGAACGAGCUCAGGCUUUAGAUGAUAUCCAUUGCGUCGGACGAGCGCUUGAGGAAGUUCCAGAGACGAGGGCAAGAUUACUGAAUGAAUUUGAUAUACUAGUUCAAUACGAGCGAAAUCCAAUCUAUGAAAUCGCUAUCAACCAGAAUCGAGCCUAUGUUGAAGACCCUUCCUUUCGACUGCGUUUUCUGCGGUGUAACAUGUACGACGUCCACCGAUCAGUUCGUCAGAUGAUGAGAUUUUUGCAGCACAAGGCAACAUACUUUGGGGAGGUCAAGGUGGCUCAUGAUAUCAUUAUUGACGACUUGAAUGAUGAUGACAUAAAGCUCCUUUCGUCAGGAUUGUACCAUAUUCAGGAAGAAAGAGACCAGAAUGGACGAGUAGUACUGUAUCUGAUGAAUCAAAUUUUGGGAAAGAGUAGCGUUGACACGAUGAUCAAAGUUGCAUACUAUAUAUUCAAUAAUGUGUUGAUUCCCAUUCCCGAAGUCCAAUCAAAAGGAUUUGUUGGCGUCUAUUACGAUGUAACGAAGCCAGAGGAGAAUCUUGAGAUGCCUGGGUUCACUUUCCUUGUUACGCUGAUGGAUGUCGUCGCAUCAAUUCCUCUGCGACAUUCUGCAGUGCACAUUUGCUUGAAGCCCAUAAGGAGCAGCUUGGUCCUGAGCAAUACCCUUCUAUUCUACACGCUCAACCAGUCACCGGCAGACACCAGAAUUCGGACACGCAUUCACUAUGGCACGGAUGCAGAGCUUCAGCUCGCUCUUCGAAGCCACGGCAUUCAUACUCAAAGGUGCCCUGUCGAUUUAGAAGGCAAUAUUCGUAGGGACGUCUCCAAUACAUGGUUUCAGAAACAGGAAAAAACAGCAGAUACACGGCACAAUCCUCAGCUGGUCGUGUUGAAUCAGCCAAGGCCACAAGAUGUCCUGUUUGGGAAAGGAUAUGGGAUCCAACACCACUUGGGCAAUUUCUGGUUUCGGAAUUACCUCAUGUCGCACAGGGAUGCAUAUGAUAGUGCUCCACAAUCUUUGCGGACAGAGAUCUCUACAAAAUUGGCUCGGACCAUGUUUGAAAAUGGGACCCGAUUUCUCAAGCGAGCAGAGUCGGGGGAGUGGAUGGAAGUCGACCUGCAUGAGGCGACGAAGAAAGUUGGUCAGCUCUUCAGGACAUUUCGAAAGAAGGCUUGA